CCGGGGCUGGACCAUGUCUGGCGGACAGCCGGAGGGCAGCCGGACACCCAAGUCCCAGGACCAGGACACGGACCAGGACCAGGACAAGCGCAGUUGUGGGGAGGACAGCCCCGUUAUCGAACGCCGCAACCGGAGCGGCAUCAUCAGCGAGCCCCUCAGCAAGAGCCUGAAGAGGUCUCGCACCCUCUCGCAGUACACCGCCGCGUGCCCCCAGACCGCCAACGGACUGAAACACAACGGGCAGGCCAAGAUCCACGCGGCCAAGCCCCAGCCCACCCAGCAGCAGCCGCAGCAGCCUUCCGCCUCGGCCUUGGUGCCGAGCAAGCUGGACCGAACCUUGGAGCAGGUGCUGGAGGGACAGAACGGCCUGUUGCACUUUGCCCAGGCAGCUGCGCUGCUCAAGCGGGCGGGCAUGGAGCACAUGCUGCUGCCGGGGGGAAUGGGAGUG